GCAGAGAGCCUGAAACACCUAUUUACUGGGAUUUCCUAAUAAGGUAAAUAUGGCACUUGAAAGAUUUCAAUGAGCCCAAAGAGCAAUUGACUGUAGUCAAGUAAUGUCUGAUGUCACUAACAUCAAAGGGGGCCCCUUAUCUUUCCAAACUGGCUUCAGAAUGAAAUGUAGCGUAUAUGCAGCACCAUUGAUACUGCCACAGUGGAACUUUUUGCUUUUCUUCAUCCUUUACCCUUACCCCUAAUAAGAUCUUCUGGAAGAACUAACAUUUUGAUGAGAUAUUAUUUUACUGAAUGUUUAGUUCUGAAUUUGAAAAGAACCCAAUAAAAAUUUAUAUAGAUGCCAUGUAUUUAUGUAUUGAAUCCAGGUAUUUUUUACAUGGCUGCUAUGUUCCAGGUACCAUACUUUGAGGACAUGGAUACAUAUAAGUAGUUCAUUUCUAGGGGAGAAAUAAAUAAACUAGCAAUCAAAAUAACUUGUGUUAUACUUUGAUAGAGGUGUCCAUAAGGCACUAAGGGAAUGCUGAAGAGAAACCCUCAUUUUGGUUUGGGAAUAAGAGAAAAGGUGAUGGUUGAAUUAAAACUUGGAGAACCAGCUGAAGUUAGUCAAGAACCUCUCCUUAGCUGAAAGUAAGAGGACACCAAGAGGAGAAAAGAAAGCUCUGAGUCAUGGAUGUGAGAAAGAACAUGAUAUCUUUGGGAAACUGUCAGUAGGACUGGCACAUAUGGGGUGUUGAUAUAAGAGCUGAAGCCAUGCUUGCAAAUGGACUCACCCAGGGAGAAUGUGAUGAGGAAGACAGUGUCAGUAAUAACAUUAAAGAGUAAAUGGAGAAGGAAGUGGGGCCCUUGAAGAAGACUGAGAAGAGGCAGCCAUAAGGACAGAUGAAAACCAGGAGAGAGGCAUAGGUUAGAAGCCAAAGGAAGCCAUGGUCAAUGAUGGCAGCCAACACAACUAACUCAUGGACUAAGAAGAGGAAAGUAGCAACUACGUCAUUAGAAAUCUUAGGUCAGUGGUUGGAAAAGUGAAUGGAAAUCAGCAUAUUAUAGAAGCUAUGGGGUAGAUGUGAUUUUUCGGACAGAUCAGCUGGAAAAGAAGGUAUAGGGAGAGAGAGAAAUCACUAGAAGUGGUACAGAGCGAAAAUAAAGUACUUUAAAAGUUGGCCUUAAAAAUAGUGAACACAUAUUGCUUCCUGUGUGUCAGGAACUCUUUUGAACACUUUACAUGUAUUUUAACAAAUGUCAUCCUCAUGACAACUCUAAUAUAUAGGUUCUAUUACUAGCCUCACUUACAAAUGAGACACCUGAGGCACAGAGAGGUUAAGGAUCCUUCCAAGGUGAGUAUUGAAGCCUUUAUUCAAUCCAGGUGAUUUGGUUCCAAAGUUCCUGCUCUUAGUCCCUCACACCAUGCUGUCUUUUAUUUGGUCACUGAAAAUAUCUUGCCCCCUCCCCUCCAACAAAGGGUGCCAGUGAGAAGUUAUUGUCUAAAAAAAAGGGCAUAAAUUCAUUCAUAAAUGAAAUAGUUGUUGAAGAACCUACUGUGUAUCAGGCACUGUUCUACUAAGAAUUAUCAAUGAAGGAGAAAAAAGACAAAAAUCCCAGCUUUAUGGACUUUAAAUUCUAUGGGGAAAAUAAGCAAAAUAAGCAAAAUCAAUUAGUAAAUAUGUUAGAAGAUAAAGGCAAUGGGAAAAAAUAAAGCAUGCCAAGAUGGUAGAAGGUUCCUGCAGGUUAGAUAGAAGCUGCAAUCUUCAAAUAGGAUGGCCUGGGAAGGCCUCAUUGGAAAGGUGACUUUUGGCCAAGGAAUUAAAGGGGGUCCAGGAGCAGGCCAGGCAGAUGUCCUGGAAGGAGGCUUCCAGGCAGAGGGAACAGCAAGAGCAAGAGGCACAUAGUGAAAGGAAGGCACAGGUCCCUUCCUUUAGUGCAGAAGAAUUGGAUUUUAUGACUUUCUUAGUUUUCUAGUUCGGUUUCCCUGGAGACCCGAUAACGGUCAAAUGUUAACUGUGUUACUAGGCGCAACAUUAUGGCUUAAAUGACUGCUGAUUGGUCAGCUGUUUCUGGGCUGGAAGAGUGAUAAAUGCCUGGUAGGAAGCUGUGUCAUUGGACUUCUGUGACUGUAGUGAAACUUGUGAUUCAGCAUGUCCUUGACGCAUCAAAGAUUGAUCUAUUGAGUUACAGGAGAUAUUGGUUCCUUUGAGGCACAAGGCUUUUAAGCCAGGGUCAUGCAAGACAAGAUAAUCUGCCUUCCGAAAAGAGUGCAGCCUGCUCAGAACCACUCUUCCCUUUCAAAUGUCUCUCAAGCAGUUGCCAGUACCACUCCACUGCCUCCACCUAAACCAUCUCCUGCUAACCCCAUCACUGUGGAAAUGAAAGGCCUGAAGACAGAUCUGGACCUUCAGCAGUACAGCUUUAUAAACCAGAUGUGUUAUGAGCGAGCCCUCCACUGGUAUGCCAAGUAUUUCCCUUACCUUGUCCUCAUCCAUACCCUGGUCUUUAUGCUCUGCAGUAACUUUUGGUUCAAAUUCCCUGGCUCCAGCUCCAAAAUAGAACAUUUCAUCUCCAUUCUGGGGAAGUGUUUUGACUCUCCUUGGACCACACGGGCUUUAUCUGAAGUGUCUGGGGAGGACUCGGAAGAAAAGGACAACAGGAAGAACAACAUGAACAGGUCCAACACCAUCCAAUCUGGUCCAGAAGGCAGCCUGGUCAACUCUCAGUCUUUAAAGUCCAUUCCUGAGAAGUUUGUAGUUGAUAAAUCCACUGCAGGGGCUCUAGAUAAAAAGGAAGGUGAGCAGGCUAAGGCCUUAUUUGAGAAAGUGAAGAAGUUCAGGCUGCAUGUGGAAGAAGGUGAUAUUCUAUAUGCCAUGUAUGUUCGCCAGACUGUACUUAAAGUUAUCAAAUUCCUAAUCAUCAUUGCAUAUAAUAGUGCUCUGGUUUCCAAGGUCCAGUUUACAGUGGACUGUAAUGUGGACAUUCAGGACAUGACUGGAUAUAAAAACUUUUCUUGCAAUCAUACUAUGGCACACUUGUUCUCAAAACUGUCCUUUUGCUAUCUGUGCUUUGUUAGUAUCUAUGGAUUGACAUGCCUUUAUACCUUAUACUGGCUGUUCUACCGUUCUCUACGGGAAUAUUCCUUUGAGUAUGUCCGUCAGGAGACUGGAAUUGAUGAUAUUCCAGAUGUGAAAAAUGACUUUGCUUUUAUGCUUCAUAUGAUAGAUCAGUAUGACCCUCUCUAUUCCAAGAGAUUUGCAGUGUUCCUGUCUGAAGUCAGUGAAAACAAAUUAAAGCAGCUGAACUUAAAUAAUGAAUGGACUCCCGAUAAACUGAGGCAGAAGCUACAGACAAAUGCCCAUAAUCGACUGGAAUUGCCUCUUAUCAUGCUCUCUGGCCUUCCAGACACUGUUUUUGAAAUCACAGAGUUGCAAUCUCUAAAACUUGAAAUCAUUAAGAACGUAAUGAUACCAGCCACCAUUGCACAGUUAGACAAUCUUCAGGAGCUCUCUCUGCACCAGUGUUCUGUCAAAAUCCACAGUGCAGCGCUCUCUUUCCUGAAGGAGAACCUCAAGGUCUUGAGCGUCAAGUUUGAUGACAUGAGGGAACUCCCCCCCUGGAUGUAUGGGCUCCGAAAUCUGGAAGAGCUGUACCUAGUUGGCUCUCUAAGUCAUGAUAUUUCCAGAAAUGUCACCCUUGAGUCUCUGCGGGAUCUCAAAAGCCUUAAAAUUCUCUCUAUCAAAAGCAACGUUUCCAAAAUCCCUCAGGCAGUGGUAGAUGUUUCCAGCCAUCUCCAGAAGAUGUGCAUACAUAAUGAUGGCACCAAGCUGGUGAUGCUCAACAACUUAAAGAAGAUGACCAAUCUGACAGAGCUGGAGCUGGUCCACUGUGACCUGGAACGUAUUCCUCAUGCUGUGUUCAGCCUACUCAGCCUCCAGGAAUUGGACCUGAAGGAAAACAAUCUGAAAUCUAUAGAAGAAAUCGUCAGCUUUCAGCACUUAAGAAAGUUGACAGUGCUAAAACUGUGGCAUAACAGCAUCACGUACAUCCCAGAGCAUAUAAAGAAACUCACCAGCCUGGAACGCCUGUCCUUUAGUCACAAUAAAAUAGAGGUGCUGCCUUCCCACCUCUUCCUAUGCAACAAGAUCCGAUACUUGGACUUAUCGUACAAUGACAUUCGAUUUAUCCCACCUGAAAUCGGAGUUCUACAAAGUUUACAGUAUUUUUCCAUCACGUGUAACAAAGUGGAAAGCCUUCCAGAUGAACUCUACUUCUGCAAGAAACUUAAAACUCUGAAGAUUGGGAAAAACAGCCUAUCUGUACUUUCACCGAAAAUUGGAAAUUUGCUAUUUCUUUCCUACUUAGAUGUAAAAGGUAAUCACUUUGAAAUCCUCCCUCCUGAACUGGGUGACUGUCGGGCUCUGAAGCGAGCUGGUUUAGUUGUAGAAGAUGCUCUGUUUGAAACUCUGCCUUCUGACGUCCGGGAGCAAAUGAAAACAGAAUAACUUAUUUUUCAUUAAAGUUUGACUGAAACACGCUUCUACCAAAUACAGUAUGAAUAAUUAGGUAGUCUUAAUGCCUUUCCUAUUUUUUUUCCUUUUCACACAAAACAAAAUGUACACAAAGAUUGCGUAAGGAGUAUGUAUUUUUAAUAAAAAUUUAAUUGUAUUUUUUCAAUAUUAA